CUGGCGCAAAACGCGACCUACAAUUCGAAGGUGACGAUCCAGCGGGCCGUGCGCGGCAUCGCCGACACCUCCGCACCUGCACCAUGCACGUCACCUGCCCAGACUGCCACGCCUCGACGUCGAGUCUCCUUGCGUGAUUGCUCAUAUAUACCCCUCAAUUGACUGUCCUACUACUCAACCGUACACCUGCUUCUUGCAUACCCUCUUCCACUGUUGUUUGUAUCAUUACCGCUGACAUGUAUGCCGCACUCACCUGCCAUCCCCCACUGGGACAGACCACGACGGUACCCUCAGACACAACAGCCGUCAAGUUCACCGUCUUAAUUGAGAGUUCGGUCGGGUCAGAUAGGACAUGGGAGGCUGCAUUAUGGCACAACUUCGAGGACAAAGAGAAAUGGACCAGUCUAAAUCUCGCGCCAGCACCUGAACCAUCCCUGACAAUCGUCAAAUCCUCUCUGGCAAGUGUCCGCCGACAGAUCUUCACGCUGGAGCUUCCUGGGCGCCCAAAACAUGGCGGAUCGUUGUCGUAUACCAUCACUUUCCGCGCUGGUGAAGAGGAGCCCUGGAAGUGGGCUAACGAGCAAUUCUCCACCUCAGACGGGCGCCUGAUCUACCAAUCGCAGGACUCACUCAACGAUGAUCUGACGCACUAUAUACAAGGGCUGCCUCCGUAUCUGCAGAUCGGAAAAGAACAGAGUGAUUCACCGGAGACGUUGUUGUGGUCCAUCACCAGUCCUGUGAACGCCGCGUCUGGGUCCACCUCAGGAUACUCAAACAACGCGUUGGGGAAGCCGUUGAAUUUUACACGUUGGUUUGCACUAGUCCGUCUGUGGAGCCCAUGGCUGGCCCCAAGACAGGGCAAGGACAACUUCCAGCCCGACAAAGAAGCUGUUCUCGCAACGUUCGAACGUGAAGACGGCUCCCACUUAGUAAUUCUGGGGGUCAGUGGUGUAGAUGAUGUAUUGACGACUCUGGGUCAUGACGGCGAAGGACGGAUCGUGAUUCACUCCCGCAAUGACAGUGAAGAAGACGGCAUCUCACACAUUGUUGCUGCCGUUGGCAAAGACUUGAAUCAUGCAAUAGCAGCGGUCAUGUACUACGCAAGAAAGCUGGUCAUGAAAUACAGCGUGGGGUCCAAAGAGGCCGAAGCCGAAUUCAAGGCGCUGACAGACGAUUUCAAACCAGAGUGGCUGGAAAACUGGUACGAUGGGCUUUCGUAUUGCACGUGGAACGGCAUCGGGCAACAUCUUACCGAAGAGAAGCUUUUCGAUGCUCUGGGAUCGCUGGCCAAGAACAACAUCAACAUUAGCAAUCUCAUCAUCGAUGACAAUUGGCAGUCUCUAAACCAUGAGGGUGGUGAUCAAUUCAAGAAUGCGUGGGUUGAGUUCGAAGCAACUAAGAAUGGGUUCCCGCGCGGCCUCAAAGCGACAAUCGGCGACGUUCGCAGCAAGUACAAGAACAUCAAGCAUAUUGCAGUAUGGCAUGCUCUUUUCGGUUACUGGGGUGGUAUUGCACCUGAGGGCAAGAUUGCAAAAGAAUACAAAACCAAAAUCGUUCAGAAAAAAGAUGGGGUGUCGGGGGGCAAAUUCACUGUAGUUGCUCAAGAGGAUGUAGGCCGCUUCUACAAAGACUUCUAUCAAUUUCUAAGCUCCGCCGGUAUCGAUUCGGUGAAGACCGACGCCCAGUUCUUUCUGGAUGAGCUGGACGACGCUACGGAUCGCCGCGAAUUGAUCAGAUCGUACCAGGAUGCAUGGAACAUCGCACAGCUACGCUAUUUUUCAGCAAGGGCAAUAUCUUGCAUGUCGCAAUCGCCUCAGAUGAUCUUCCAUUCACAGCUCCCCUCGAACAAACCGCGGAUACUCUUACGAAACUCUGACGACUUCUUCCCAGAGGUUCCUGCAUCUCACCCUUGGCACAUCUUCUGCAACGCGCACAACGCUAUCCUCAAUCAGUACCUCAAUAUCCUUCCUGACUGGGACAUGUUCCAAACCUCGCACGAUUAUGCAUCAUUCCAUGCUGCUGGCCGUUGUGUGUCAGGUGGGCCGAUAUACAUCACAGAUGUGCCUGGACAACACGAUCUUGACCUGAUCGGUCAGAUGGCAGGUAAUACUCCUCGCGAUAAUACGGUAAUUCUUCGCCCUCACACCGUGGGUAAGAGUACAUCGGCAUAUAACUCCUAUGACGACCCUGUUCUGCUCAAGGUUGCAACCUAUGUCGGAAGAGCUCAUAGUGGGGUCAGCAUACUAGGUGUUUUCAACUGCACACAUCGACCGCUCUCCGAGCUGGUCGGACUAGACUCGUUCCCUGGUGCGGAGAAGGGCACAUAUAUCAUCCGUAAUCAUACCAGCGGUCACGUCACCAAGCCCACCACAAGUGAGAGUAACGACGCAUUCGUUCACUUGGAGUUGUUGACCCGCGGAUGGGAGAUACUUUCUGCCUUUCCAUUGCACUCCUUCAAAUUGAAGCGCAGCCAUGAGGUGAAAGGCCCAGAUAACGUGGAUGUAGCCAACUUGGGUAUCUUAGGCAAGAUGACUGGAGCUGCUGCAAUCGUAAAUACAGACAGCUACGUUGAUCGCUCAUCAGGUCGGCUGCGGAUCUGGACGUCUCUGAAGGUGCUGGGUACAUAUGGUGUCUACAUUUCCGACCUCAAGCAUCGUAACCUGGACGACGAUAUCAUGGCGUUGAUCUUUGGAAGACCCAUUGCGAGCCAUUGUGUCAAGAUCAGCGACAUCUGCGAGAAUGUGCUUGAGAUUGACACGACUAGAGCAUGGAAAGAAAGCAACUCAAAGGCGUCUUGGAGCAACGAAGUGGCCAUUGAGGUUGUCAUUCGAUAGAGGAUGUGGCGCUUCCCUUUGUCACUGAUAUCGCUUCUCUAAGAUUAGUAUGCUGAUUUGUUCGUUCGCUACUACCUUUGAAGGGAAACAUGCUACAAAGAGCUUUCACUACAAACAAUGGACGUGCUUUGAAGUGAAUCUCAGCCACAAAGUGUCAAGCCAAACUUUCCCACCGCUGUUAAAUAUCCCGCGUCCCUUUACUCCAAAUUAUCUUCUUCACUAUAUUCACGUCAACUUUCUAAAAUAAUAUCCACAUUCCAGGCAUUAUGGCCUGGCUGGGAGAUCAGCUUAAUGC